AUGCACCAAAUGCACCUGAACGGACAACGAAGCAGAAGAUUGCGGAUCUGCGCUGUGUGUCCUUGGAUCAACCGGUGCGCGAUCUACUGCUGCAACCAAAAAAGGCAAGCUCUGUUAUCCCCCUUCGCUCUUACCAGUGCUAGAAAUGACGGCGCCGGCAACAAUCAGGCCCGCACCGAGCAUGCCCACGACGCCCAUGGUCUCCCCAAGUACCAACGUAGCAAUAACGGCGGUCCAGAGGGGCUGGGCGGCGAACAAAAUGGCAGCGUCACUUGCGGGCACUGCCUGCUGCCCCUUGGUCUGAAUCCAGCUGGCGGCGGCGCUAACAAUCAUGCCUGCCCACAGGACCAGUGCCAAGUUAGUGGCGAUGGCGGCCGGGGUCCAUGCGGCGACUUUGAAAGCGACUCCAGCGCCCGCCUCCAGGACGCGCUUGCCGCCGAGCCACAGGACGGAGAGCGCGGCCUGUGUGGUGAUCUUGAUGGCGACGAGUUGGUUGGUCUUUCCCUUUACCAGGCGUGCGAGGUGCGAGAUGCGGAUGACGAAGGCGGUGUAGAAGAGGGCGGCGGCGAUCUCGAGGCCGUCGCCGAGAAAGGGGACGGGGGCGGCGGCGGCGGCGGCCGUCGCGGCAGCCGAGGCGGAGCCGCCCAGCGUGAGCAGGGCGACGCCGACCAGGGCGCAGCCGGCGGCGGCGGCGACGCGCGAUGUGAGGGCCUCGAUGCCAAAAGCGGCCAGUGA